GAAGCAGCAAUGUUUGUAUCAAAUGCGAGCUGAGGACACAUCCUUGCCAUCCAAUAUUCCAAUAGAACCAUUGCAGAUAUGUGCAGUCGCAAUUACAAAACUGGAUAAUGUCACAAGAGCACUACUGUGAUCAGUGAGCCACACGCACAUGGAGAGAGACCUCUAAGUCUCAGACAACCUCUACUGUACAAUGAAAGAGGCAAGAGCAACAAAGUGCACCGUGGUCCAUGGCCUCGUCAUCGUUGUCACUGUCGCCGUGGAAUGCCUCCUCGCCAGCGGCAGCCCCCCAGCGGACCCGAUCCGGUGCGCCUCGAGCACGGCCGGCUGCACCGUGACCAACGCGUACGGCGCGUUCCCCGACCGCUCCACGUGCCACGCCGCGCGCGUCGCGUACCCGGCGUCCGAGCGGGAGCUCCUCCGCGUAGUGGCGGACGCCGCGGCGUCCAGGACCAAGAUGAAGGUGGCCACGCGGUACUCCCACAGCGUGCCCAAGCUGGCCUGCCCCGGCGGCGACCGCGGCCUGAUCAUCAGCACCAACGCGCUGAACCGCGUCGUCUGCGUGGACGCCGAGAAGAUGGCGAUUACGGUCGAGAGCGGCGUGACGCUGAUGGAGCUCGUCAACGCCGCAGCGGAGGCCGGCCUCGCGCUGCCGCACUCGCCGUACUGGUUGGGCGUCACGGUCGGGGGGCUGCUGUCGACGGGCGCGCACGGGAGCUCGGUGUGGGGUAAGGGUGCCGCCGUGCACGAGUACGUCGUCGGCAUGAGGGUCGUCACGCCAGCUCCGGCGGGCGAGGGGUACGCCAAGGUCCGAGUGGUCAACGCCGGCGACCCGGAGCUGGACGCGGUUAAGGUGUCAAUCGGAGUGCUCGGUGUCGUCUCCCAGGUCACUCUGGUACUGCAACCGAUGUUCAAGCGCUCGGUCAGGUUCGAGAAGCGUGACGACUCCGACCUGGCGAAACGUGUCUUGGCCUUCGCCAGCGAGCACGAGUUCGCCGACAUCCUCUGGUACCCCGGCCAUGGCAAGGCCGUCUACCGCAUCGACGACCGCGUGCCCGUCAACACGUCCGGCGACGGCGUCUACGACUUCAUCGGCUUCCGGCCUAUCCCCACGCUCGCAAUCCAGGCCGAUAGGCUCGCCGAGGUUAGCGUGGAAGCCACAAGGAAUUCCGGCGCCAGGUGCCUCAACGCGGCGGCGACGAGAGCCAUCCUCUCCGCCGGCAACUACGGCUUGAUGAAGCACGGCCUGCUGUUGCCCUUCCCCGGCAGGCCGGUCGUCGGCUUCCAGAACCGCAUCCAGUCUUCGGGUCACUGCCUCACCGGCCCCGACGACGCCCUAUUCACCGCCUGCCCCUGGGACCCGCGCGUGUCGCACGGCACGUUCUACUUCCAGGCCGGCAUCAGCGUGCCCCUGUCCAAGGCGACGGCCUUCAUCCGCGACGUGCAGCGGCUCCGCGACUUGAACCCCGACGCGCUCUGCGGCGUCGAGGUGUACAACGGCAUCCUCAUGCGGUACGUCAAGGCCUCGACGGCGCACCUGGGCAAGGUGGAGGACAGCGUGGACUUCGACCUGACGUACUACCGGAGCCGCGACCCGGCGGCGCCGCGGUUGCACGAGGACGUGCUGGAGGAGAUCGAGCAGAUGGCGCUGCGCAAGUACGGGGGGCUGCCGCACUGGGGCAAGAACCAGAACGCGGCCUUCGAGGGCGCCAUCGGCAAGUACGGCGCCGCGCGCGUGGCGGCGUUCAUGGCCGUGAAGCGGGCGUACGACCCCAACAGCUUGUUCUCCAGCGAGUGGAGCGACCAGGUGCUCGGUGUCGUCGGCGGCGGCGUGAGCCUGGUGAGGGACGGGUGCGCGCUCGAGGGGCUGUGCGUGUGCUCCCGGGACGCGCACUGCGCCCCGAGCAGGGGCUACUUCUGCCGGCCGGGCAGGGUGUACAAGGAGGCCAGGGUGUGCCGGCGCGACGACGAUUUUUAAGCAUGGCUCGCUCGCUAUCGAACGUGCCAAAUUUGGCAGAGUUAAUUCCUGUUAAUUAUAUCACUGCUCCUACGCACUUGCUAAGUUGCAUACAGAUUCUUAUUUGUUUUCACAAUUUCUUUACAAAAACAUGUCAAGAUUAUUGAAAUAAAUUAUUCUGGUACGUCAUGAAUAUUUCA